UGUAAAAUAUUUUAGAAACGGAUUCAUCCUUAUCAUAUUAACUGGUGUCUGGUGCCUAGCGUGCCUUCAUGAAAUAAACAAGAAGAGAAUGAAAUUUACUACAUUUUAUAACUGUUUUUUAUUUUGAACAGCCAAUCAUUGGAAAUUCAACAGGAAUGGCUCCUAAAAAGAAAACGAUCAAUGGGUUUUCUGUAUUCAUGAUGGAAACUCGACAGAAAUUAAUAAAUGAAGGGAUAAGACGAAGCAUGGCUGAGAUGCCAGAGUAUUGCAGAAAAGAUUGGGAAAAUAUGCCUGAUGAGAUGAAAGAAAAGUAUAAGAUAAAAGGUAAACAGAUGAAAAGUGAUACAAAAGUAGUCAAAUAUACUUCUAUUGGUGAAAAUAUAGAAGAUGUUCGAAGACAAUUAGAUGAAAGUAAAUCGCAAACAGAUGUUAUGUACUCAUAUAUAGAUGUAUUGCUUAGUAUGCAACCAGCCACCUAUUAUCUUCCCAAGCAAAAAUUCAUUUUGAUUCAUAUAAACCCUUAUACAUGCGAGAAGGAAGGAUUUUAUUUCCCUGCUGAGAUAUCCAUGGCAGAGUUUUCUUUAGAAAAAGGCUUGAUACGCAUGUAUCAUCAGUUAAUUGGAUUUGAUCAAAUCAGAACAAAUGCUCCUCGAGCUCCUACAGCAGAUAUUAACAAUCAUGCUGCCAACUAUCAUAAAAUUGACGUAUUCUCAAUGUUUUCCAAAAACUACACAGAAAUAUUAUUAAAAAUGAUUGGUUUUAUCAUGAACAAGGAAGUUGAUGUAACUGUUCUAAAUGACCCAGCAUUAGACAUGCCACCAGUCUAUACUGCACAUAGACCUAUUGAAAACGAGUUAAUGAUUACUAGUGCAAGUUUAUUUAAUUUAUUCAAAAGUGCAGUAGAGGAUGCUGGAAGAACUGAUUUUAAUAAUAUUAUUAGAGUUUACCACUUGGAUAAACUAUUCAUGCAACUGAAAAAUGCAUGUUAUAAGGUUAAACAUCCGGACACAGAUGAUUUAGCUUUACCUUCUGUUGCUUUGGCUACCGAUAGCUUAUCAAAAGAUGUGUUAACUACGAUUAAAACAAUUGGUUGUAAUUUCCAUGAAAAAAUUGAUUACCCCCAUGUUUGUAGUAACUAUUUUGUAUGCAAGUGGAUCAACAUUUUAUCAGCCCAUUGUUGUCGCUAUUUUGACAUAAAACUUGUAACUGGUUCUCAUUAUGAUUUUGAUUUAUCUAAAUACUGCAGUUCAAUUGAAGAACAUUUGGAGAAAAUUAGUAUUUCUAAAUUUGCUUUAGAGUAUGAUGAUGACAUUGAAGUUGAUAAAUCAAAUACUUUAGCGCCCAACAGUUUUCCAGCACUUGAAGGUAAAUUAUCAACUGUUAUUCCAAAACCAAUAUGGAAUAAGCCAGAGUAUAAAACAAAUACAAAUGGCAAAACUAUAGCAAAUAAAGAAGAGAAUUUUCCUCCACUUGGUGAUUUGAAAAAUAUGAAAAAAAAUGCUCCUGUAACUGCUAAGAACAGCUGGUGUAAGAAUACAGGUCGUGGCAGAGGUAUAAGCCAAGUUCAAAGUAAUAACCAACACCAAUUGAAUGAAAACUCAAAUCAACCAUCCAAGAGAAGAGGACUUUAUAUUGAUAGAAAUAAAUAGUCUAGACAUGUGAGUUAUUAUACUAUAUUUUACCAUAAUUUUAAUGUUCAACUCUGAUAAAAAAAAUUACAUUUUUUAAUUUUUUAAUUUUUUAAUUAAAAACAAUAUAUUUUUGUCAUUUAAAACUGUGUUUUAAUACAACGAAUAUUAAGAUACUCAAGUAUUGAUAUUGUACAACAAUAAAAAUAUGUACUAUUAUUAAUAAACAUUAUUGCAAAUCAAU